AUGGAGGCCAAAAAGCAGGUAGAUUGUUGUGUUACAAUACCACUAUUGUUUAGCAAAGGAGAUGUGGAAACAAAGGUAGAGGAGAAGCAAUACAACAACAUGGGCACUACUUCUUUCAUUAGUACUUGUUUCAAUUGUCUCAAUUCUCUCUCAGGAGUGGGAAUACUUUCAAUUUCAUAUGCAUUGGCAUCAGGAGGGUGGUUGAGCUUGAUACUACUUUUUGUAAUUGCUGGCUCAACCUUCUACACGGGAUUGUUGAUCCAAAGAUGCAUGGGGAUCGAUCCAAUGAUAAAAAGUUACCCUGAUAUCGGGGAUCGUGCUUUUGGGAAAACGGCAAGAACCAUAGUAUCAAUCACUAUGAACAUAGAGCUCUACUUAGUAGCAACGGGUUUCCUGAUCCUAGAAGGCGAUAAUCUGUGUAACUUAUUCCCAGAUAUGGAUUUUGAUAUAUAUGGCACUCCUAUUGGAACAAAAUUUGGAUUUGUAGUCCUUGUUGCAAUCAUUAUAUUCCCCACAAACUUGUUAAACAACAUGAAAUUCUUUUCAUACUUAUCAGCCAGUGGAGUUUUAGCGUCCGUGAUCAUUCUAAGCUCGACUUUCUGGGCAGGUGCAUUUGACGGUGUUGGGUUUCAACAAAAGGGUAAAAUCAUAAACUGGAAUGGACUUCCGUCGGCUAUAAGCUUAUAUACAUUUUGCUAUUGUGCUCAUCCUGUUUUCCCUGCCCUGUAUACUUCCAUGAGAAACCAACAUCAAUUUCCACAGGUUUUGCUCGUAUGCUUUGCCUUAUGCACGGCUACUUACUCAAUUAUGGCAAUUAUCGGCUACCUUAUGUUUGGUGUGGAGGUAGAGUCACAGAUCACCUUAAACCUUCCAACAAGCGGUAUAAGCUCAAAACUGGCCAUAUGCACGGCCCUUGUUACCCCAAUCGCUAAAUAUGCACUAAUGUUAACACCAAUUGUUAACAGCAUCGAAGCAAAGUUUCAAUCAUCUUACAACAAAAGGAUGCGUAGUUUCCUAAUUAGAACAAUAUUGAUGAUAAGCACGGUAGUGGUAGCCCUGUCCCUUCCAUUUUUCGGGUAUCUAAUGUCACUCGUGGGAGCCCUCCUAGGUGCUACAACUUCAAUAAUGAUACCAUGCGUGUGCUACUUGAAGAUUUCUGGUACUUGCAGCAAGAGAAUUGGGCUUGAGAUGAUGAUUGUGGGGUUCAUUGUGUUAAUUGGCCUAAUUGUUGCAGUUGUGGGUACCUAUGUGUCAUUGGUAGAUAUAAUAACCAAUUUAUGA